AUGGCGGGGCGCAUCAGAGACAUCAAGGUUACUGACGAGGUGUCGUUUCCUUACAUAUUUGAGCAGAAUGUGUCAGUGCCUCUCAAGUCUGCCUCAACACAGAGGCCAGAAAAUGUCAUCAGGUGCAAUGUGUACCGACCACGCACAGGAGAUGCGGGCAAGGUCCCUGUUUUGGUCACUUACGGACCAUAUGGAAAAGACAUCCCGUACCGAGAUUUCCAUCCGAAAUCUUUCGCCGAAGUGAAUCCGAAGCAUAAAUCAGAGCAUUCGUGCUGGGAGACCCCUGACCCACACUUCUGGACCUCGCAUGGCUAUGCCGUUGUUCGUGCAGAUGAACGUGGCCUGGGGCAAUCGCCGGGCUUCCUGGACACUAUGUCUCGUGGCACGAGCGAAGCGUUUUUUGACGUUGUCGAAUGGGCUGCCGAACAAUCGUGGUCGAGUGGAAAGGUCGGACUCCUCGGUAUUAGCUACUACGGGGGAAGUCAGUGGCGUGUUGCUGCACGUCGACCAAGAGGUUUAGCAGCGAUCAUCCCUUGGGAAGGUAUGUCUGAUUACUACCGUGAUCGUUGCAGACAAGGUGGUAUCUUUUCGAACGGCUUUAUCAAAUUUUGGUGGGAUCGGCAAGUCAUAACCAACCAGUAUGGCCGACCAGGCCGCUCUAAGAGUCAAUGGGGCCCUGACACCAUCGAAGGAGACUUGUCGGAGGAGGAAUUGGCCCAUAACCGGCGAGAUCAAAAUGUCGAUAAUGCGGAAAACAAGUAUCUUGACGACGAAUACUACGCAUCUAGAGAUUUCAACCUCGGGGACAUUCAGGUGCCUGUCCUUUCGGUGGCCAAUUGGGGAGGAAACACUCUACAUCUUCGGGGAAACGUCGAAGGCUUUUUCCAUGCGGGUUCGGAACUCAAAUAUUUACGAUUCAUCAGUGGACGGCACGACCUCCCCUUUUAUUAUGACGAAGAGGUCGCAGUUCAGCAAUCCUUCUUGGACGCCUUUCUUAAAGGUGACGACCGGGAAGGAUGGUCGCAGAAGGGCAAACUACCACAGGUGAACCUGCUUCUGCGCAAGGGUAAUAUUGGUGUCAACGACGCUGAAGCAGAGAAGGGGUUUCAGCGCAGGACCGAGACAGAGUGGCCUAUUGCACGAACGCAGUACUCUCGCUUCUACCUUACACCAAGUUACACCUUACAGACAGCCGUACCGAAUUACCUUGAGGACGUGAGCUGCUCAUACCUGGCGCCCAGUUUCGACGUCCAAAAUCCACACAAGAUCCAGUUCGUGAGUGAACCAUUCACCAAGGAGACUGAAAUUACCGGUCAUAUCACUGCCCAUCUCAACGUUUCUGUGGAGAAACUUCCGGGAAAGGGGGACCCAUCAGAGAUCGAUCUGUUUGUGACAAUGCGCCACGUCUAUGCAGACGGCAAGGAAGUCUUCUACACGGGGACCGCCGGUGACCCUGUCCCUUUGUGCAAGGGCUGGCUACGAGUCAGUUUGAGGAAAGUCAAUGAACAGCAUCCAUGGCACAGAUCCUGGCUUCCCAGACGGGACUAUCUAUCGACUGAUGUAGAGACGGUCGAUCCAGGAGUUAUUUAUCCAGUGGACGUGGAGAUAUGGCCAACAAAUGUUGUGACCGAGAUUGGUUCUAGGCUGAUCUUUGAAGUCGCUUCUGGAGACACCCAAGGAGCCGCGGUCUUCACCCACAACCAUCCAACUGACAGACCACUGGAAAAGCUUCAGGGAGUGAACCAUAUCUGGUUCGGACCAGGGUAUGAGAACUACGUGACAUUACCAAUCAUACCUGAGCGCCAAUAG